AUGCGCGACGACGUGGACGUGACAAGUCUACUGGAAAAAUACACUCUGAAUUUUCUUACAUCCCUACUGGAGAAAAAGAAAGAAAAAAAAGUUUUGUCAAAAGGGAAAAUUCUUGACAUGACAAGACUGUUCUGCAUCAUCGAAAUCGUUUCGAAAAAUUUAAAGGACAAUAUGCAUUCCACAUUAAGACAAAUAUUUUACACAAACCCACAGUUGUUCAUGUCGCAAAAGGUUUCAAAUGUAGCCAUUGGAAGGCUAACAAAAAUUAUAAAAAUUCCUAGAGAGUUGUUAAACAUUUAUAAUUCCCCCAAAGGAAUAAUCAGAGGAAAUAUUUUCCUCCGGGAAAAAAAUUCAAGCCCAUGGGUUGACUGCAUGAGUAUUUUUGAAACAAGAGGGCAUUUUAUAUGCCCCUUUGGAGUUUCCGAUAUAAAAAUUUCGCCUGAUGUGAAAUAUGUUCUAAUAGUAGAAAAGGAGACGAUUUUUUUUAGGCUACUUCAAUCGGAUUUCAUUUCGAAUUAUGGGCCCUGCAUUUUGAUUACGGCCAGAGGGUUCCCAGACCUUAACACCAGGCAACUACUUUACGAAAUCCGUAGAUGCAACAAAGGCUUGAAGAUUUUCUGCCUCACCGAUUACGAUGUUUAUGACGUAGACGACGUAUCCAUUGAUAAUUUAUGCUGGGUCAAUUUGUUCCCCCCGGAGGAAGGGGUUCAAAAACAAGUUUUAAAAGACAUUGACAUAAAUAAACUGACCUUAAGGGACAUCCGGAUGUUGGACAACUUUUGCGAGACAGUAAAAAGUAGCCGCAAAUUCCGGUCCUCUGAAAUUAUCGCUUGGACGGAACACGCUAACCAAAUGAAAACUUCCGGCGUGAAAUACGAAGUAGAUGCAAUCCAGGAUAUUGAGAAACAUUUGAGCAUAAGAAUUGGGGAACUCCUUUGA